AAUGAUUCAUCAAAAUCUAGCCUUUGGUAAUUUAAUAACUUCUAAUCAAUUGGAAAGGCUUGUAAAAUAAUAGAAAAUAUUACUCAAAUCUCCACAAGAGAAGAAUGAUAAAAAAAUUAAAUCUAAGAGAUUAUUUAGAUCAACUAGUUUCAAGACUGAACAACAUGCAUUAUUAUUGUUAACACCUAAAAAUAGAUCAACUAAGAGUCCAAUGCUAUUGAAACCACCCAUCGAAAAGAAUGCUCUUAAGAGACUCCCUUCUAAACCUAAUCCAUAUGAUGCAUUGGGUAAGAGUGAAAAAUCAUUUACCAGUACUCAAAGAAGAAGCAGUGCUCCAUUACUAAAAAUUACAAGGAGAUGGAGUUAUCAUGAAACCUUAACUGAAAAAUAAAGACGUCUUAAUAAUAAGGCACCGAAAACUACCAUAAAAUAUCACUAUAUAACAGCAGAAAAAACUAAAAAGAAAAAGCUUAAUCGAUUAAGAUGGCAAUAUAGUAUAUAUUUCUUUAUAUAUAAAGAAUUCAUAAGUAGACUACAAAAAAAUAAAAUUAAGAAGCUACGAAGUAAAACAUUACCUUUAGCUCCGUUCAUUCGAAUGAGGCAUACAAGAGCUAAAACAGUAGCUGAAGAAUAACAUCAUGGUCCUAUCUUAAAUUUGGAAGAAUCAUUAAUAAGAAAGAUAGAUAUUCUUGUAAUGUAAAGAAAGAGUGCAAUGCGAAGACAUACAUGUUUUUAAAUACCAAAAAAAAGUGUAUUAGUUUCAAAAGAAAAAUUAAUAAAUUACUAAAAAUAGAUUUCUGAAUAUUUAGUCAAAACAUAAUAAGAACCUGAAAAUCAAGUUGAAUUUUCUCCUGCUUUAGAUUAAAUUCGAGCAUAUCAAAAAAGAGUGAACUUUAGUGAUAGGAAACAAUCGUUAAAAAUAUCACAUCCAAAAAAGAAGAGUUUUGUAUCAGAAAUGAUUAAAAAACAAUCACAUAGUAUCAUCACAUCGUAUAUAUCAAAUAAGGCUGUAACUUUGAAUUCAGAACAUUAAUCGAUUUCAUAUACACCAUUAAAUUAAUUAAUUCAAAAAAAGACACAUACUAUUCAUGAAAAAAUUGUAAAUAAUUAAUCUUGGUCAGAUAAAACUUUGAUAAAAAGAAGACCAAAUUUAUUAAUCAAAUUAUAACCUUAUUUAUCAAAAUAAGUAGUUGUUAAAUGA